AAACGAUUGUACUUCAUAAUAAACAACGAAAAAUAGAUUUAAAAAAUUUAAUUCCAUUCAAAAUUAUUUCGAUAUGGAUAAAGUACGAACGUUAAUUUUGCCAUUUUGGCGUCCAAUAAUGCGUACAACCCGUAAUUAUUGCAACGAUAAAAAAUUGAAGAAUCUUGUGACCUUCCCAGAGAUAACAAUUGGUCAGGGCAAGCUUAAAUAUAUUAUCGCCAAGGUUUUCGUUCAUGACGAAUCGGAACAAUCCAAAAUAGUUAUACGUGGUGUACCCCGUGUCAAAUACCAUUUUGAUGUUUAUGAUCAAUUGCAGAAGGAAGCCAGUGCGCAGGAUCUCUGCACAGAGUGUUUAGGUGGUGGCCAAAUGGUUCACGAUAAUGACAAGAAAUAUAUCAAAAUCUAUGGCCGAUUGCAAAGGUUGGGCAAAGCAGAUCAUCUGGAGACCAGAGAAAUUUUACGUGCAAAUAGUCAAUAUGCUGCUUAUAAUAUUGAUGCCGAAUCUAUCGGAAUGGAUAUAUAAAGUGAUAUUUCUUAAACGCAGUAAUCGAGCAUGUCUAGCACAAAUUUUAGCACUACUUUCUAAAUUAAUUAUUCGUCCUCGAUUUUGUAAUUCAAUUGACAGACAUAAAAUAAAAAUAGUGACAAGAUUGUCAAUACCCUACUAGAA